CCCAUAAAUGCCUUCACAAACACCUCUCUCUCUCUCUCUCUCUCUCUCUCUCUCUCUCUCUCUCCCCACAUUACUGAUUACCAGACUGCAAGGAAAUGGUAUUAAUGUGGCAAGUGUGGAGAGAGUUUAACUCUACCCUAUCUAUCAUUGCUGCAUCAUUAUUACGACUUCUCUGAACCACUGUUUCUUCAAUUAUAUAUACACACAGAAAGAGACAUACAUAUUCAACGUUGUUAGCUGGCACUGCCAAUGGAAGUAUUGCUUAGACCUCAUGUUCUUCUGCUAUGCUUCCUUUCCUCUUCUGUACUCACUGCUCUUCUCGCCGCACUGCCGGCAGACCAAGAACUCGACCGGAUAUCGGCGCUUCCCGGCCAGCCGCCCGUGAAUUUCUCGCAGUUUUCCGGCUACGUCACUGUCAAUGAACAACAAGGGCGCGCGCUGUUCUAUUGGCUGACGGAGGCUACCAGUAAUGCUCACACAAAGCCUCUUGUUCUUUGGCUCAAUGGAGGACCUGGAUGUUCGUCGGUGGCAUAUGGAGCAUCAGAAGAAAUAGGACCAUUCAGAAUAAACAAGACCGGCUCGUCGUUGUAUUUGAACAAAUACUCGUGGAAUAGAGUGGCAAAUAUUCUUUUUCUUGAAUCACCGGCUGGCGUUGGUUUUUCUUACACAAACACAAGCUCCAAUCUCAAGGAUUCUGGGGACAAAAGGACAGCUCAGGAUGCUCUCGUUUUCCUCAUACGAUGGAUGCAUAGAUUUCCACAGUACAGAUACAGAGAUUUCUAUAUUUCUGGAGAGAGUUAUGCAGGGCAUUACGUCCCCCAGUUAGCAAAGAAAAUAUACGACUAUAAUAACAGAUCUUCUCAUCCAAUCAUCAAUCUGAAAGGAUUCAUCGUUGGAAAUGCAGUUACAGACAACUACUAUGAUAACAUUGGAACCGUAACAUAUUGGUGGAGCCACUCUAUCAUAUCAGAUCAAACAUAUAAAUCAAUAAUGACUUCAUGCAAUUUCAGAUCGACAAACACUUCUCAGAAAUGUGAUGAUGCUAUCAAUUAUGCUAUGAACCAUGAAUUUGGUAAGAUUGAUCAGUACAGUAUCUACACUCCAACAUGCAACUCAUCAGGGGAAAAAACUAACCGUUCUCCACGCCUAAAGAACACUCUUAUAAGCCCAAGAUUUUCUGGAUACGACCCGUGUACUGAGAACUAUGCUGAGAAAUACUACAACAGGCAGGAUGUACAGAAGGCGUUGCAUGCCAAUUCUACAGGGAUUCCAUACAAAUGGACAGCUUGCAGUGAUGUGCUUAUAAGGAACUGGAAAGACUCUGAGGCUUCAAUGCUCCCCACCUACAAAAAGUUGAUAGCUGGAGGGCUUAGAAUAUGGGUAUUCAGUGGGGACACAGAUUCAGUUGUUCCGGUGACUGCAACUAGGUUUUCCUUAAGUCAUUUCAAUCUCAAGAUCAAAACCCCAUGGUACCCUUGGUAUUCUGGCGGCCAGGUUGGGGGAUGGACUGAGGUCUAUGAUGGACUAACAUUUGCAACAGUCAGAGGAGCUGGCCAUGAGGUUCCUUUGUUUCAGCCUAGGAGAGCUUUUGAACUUUUUCGGACAUUCUUGUCUGGGAAAGACUUACCAAACUCUUGAAGGGCUUUGUGUCACAAAUGUAGAACCUAAUAAUCUAAUAUCGAGAAACUUAUUGUCAUAGACAAUUGGUUAUGGCUUCAUAAGGAAAAUAGAGAGAUGUAUAGGAUCAUUCUAUCCCAAUUGUAUUUAAGUUACAUAUUAUAAUUCUUGAUUGAUAUCAAGCUAAGUUAUGAUUCAGUUACAUCAACCUGGUAUCAAUCUUUUGUUGCUA